AUGUCUUCCCCUCUACUUGACCUCCCGGGCGAAAUCAAGAACCUCAUCUACGAUCUUGUGGUGCCCGAGACCACCAUGCAUGUGGCUUCGUCUGGCGCAAUCACGGUGUUCUCCUGCGAUGAUGAACAAACACUUACCACUCCCGCAAAGGCGGCAGGCGCUGCCAAAGCUGCACGACCCGUACCUCUUGCACUCCAACAUGUGUGCAAAACGACACGGCGCGAGACCAUGGUGCACUUCUAUGCAAGGACGACGCUUAUUUUGAGCUCCCCAUCGGCGGCUAGAAUGUUCUUCCCGCGCGUGCCGCCCGCGCUCCUCGUCCGCAUUCCCUAA